GUGUAACUUUAAUGUGUGUCACAAUAAACAAAUCCGUUAGUGUUCUUAAACAGGAAACACUUUUUAACAGAUUAAUUAUGUACCAAUACCCAACAACUACAUACUGAAGAUGCCAAGGGCGCGUUAGAAAACACAAUGGUUUACUAUAGUUUAACAAUCUAUAGAUGCCGACUAACCAUCUUCACACGCUGCGGCACUCUGAAGUCUGACUGACUCAGACUGUCAUUUUGUCAAGCCAUUCGUCUUUGAGUCGGAUAACCUGUGUGGUGAUUGACCAUUUCCCUUUUACUUUUAGAAAAGGAUGUCUCACUAUUAAGUAUUAUCAUUAUCUGACGUGACUGUAAAAUUUACAAAAUUAUCACUAGUCGUGCGUCUGGAUAUAGAUUAAGUAACGAUAGAGAGGCCUUCGAAUCACAAGAAUGGGUUCAUUUUUUAAUGGUGGUGGCUCCCGUGCCAAGCCACGCUACCAGCGGCUCCCUCUGGACACCUUCUACCUGACAGAGUCCACUGACAUCAACCACAAGGAACUCGACGAGGACAACACCCUAUUUGAACUUGGAGACCUCGGUCAGAAAGGGCCGCUCCUAUCGACAAAGAACGGCUAUGACUCCCAGGAAGAGAUUGAGUUUUACAAAGACACUCGGACAAUGGGACGACGGAGGAAGAAAGGAUGCUCCACUAACCUCUGUCGUCUGACUGUUGUGCUCAUUUUAAUCGUUUGUGCUGUUGUGAUACUUAGCGGAAUCUAUGUGGCUGGAUCUGGUUCCAGGAGUAAACUACUGGCUGAGAAAAACUGGAGCUCUUCACUCUUUGACUAUUCCACAGAGACUGUUAUCAGGUUAUAUGACGUCAAUCUAGAUGGGAUACAGGAUGUCAUACUAGGUGCUUCUACUACUACAUCAUUAAAAGAUGUCUUCGAGGGACCAGACUACUGUAAAAGAGUUGGAAUGGAGUACCCCUGUGCAGGCAGAGUGAUUGCCUUGAACGGUCGAGACGGCACUACUCUGUGGGACAUAGGAAUGGAAGUUGAAAUAUUCGCCAUACAGUGUGGAAAAGUAGACAUUAAUGGGGAUGGUCAUAUGGAUUGUAUAGUUGCUGGACGUAUGGCUUCGUUACAUGGCAUCGAUCCAAUCAAAGGCAAGAGGCUCUGGUCAGCUGAUCCAGAUGUCACUAAUCCUCAUUUCAACUACUACCAGGGACAAGUGGUACCAGACCUGAAUGGGGACGGGGUGCCAGACUAUGUGGUUGCCCAUGGCGGGGACACUCGACUCACUGAAGAGGAUUCAGUUCGACCUUCAGGAAGGUUACUUCUCCUGUCAGGGAAGACAGGCAAGAGCCUUGGGAGGUAUCUUGUUAUGCCUGAUGCCCGCGAGUGUUACUCUGCUAUAACACUGUAUGAGAGAGCUAAUGGUGCUAUCUAUGUCCUCUUUGGAUCAGGAGGAGAGACUAUUUCAGGAUCCUUUUGGGCUAUGUCUCUGAGAGAUUUGUACUGUCACGUGAUGUCGAUUGAGUCGUGUGACGCUUCACAUCUUGCCAAAGUGUCUUUGCUGCAGUCUGUGGGUUACAAUGAGCCCUGGGGGUCACCGCUUCGGACUCUACCCAGCGGCAUCAUGGAAGUACUCAGAAGUGGUUCAAGUAAGGGAGUAUCUGUUCCCACAGAAGUAGUUGACAUAAACAACGACGGGACAGAUGACCUUAUAGUCUUCAUGUACAAUAGUACAAUCGUUGCCUUAGACGGCACUAACUUGGCCAUUAUAUGGUCCACGGGACAGCGAUUUGAGGACUUUGAAACUUACAGCAACCCUGCACCAGGUUACUUCAAUGACGAUGACACUCUUGAUCUCAUGGUGAGGCUGAACAAGGGCAAAUGGUCGGCGUUCUCAGGGUGUUAUGUUUUUAUUCUGGAUGGACGGACUGGUGAGACGCUCUGGUCUAUAAAGACAUCCAUCUCUACUCCAGUGAUGUCAUCCCCAUUGACCAUACAGAGCCAUGGAUACAAAGAUGCCUUCCUCGUCUGGAUUCAAGGGCGCUAUAGCAACCCAGCAUCCAACGGCAGACAGACAGCGCCCUCUGCUGACGACAUCAUGGAAGUUCCCUCUUCCGAUUUGAGACAUCGACGUCACGAUGAGGAUGAGGAGACAGUAGCGGAGCAGCCGUGUCAGAGGGAUAUGAGUGUCUUCAAGACGGAGCUUCUACUGAUAGACAGAGACUUGGCACGGAACCCCUUAAAACUUGCUGAGAUGAAUCCUGCCAAGUAUAACUACACACUCACUGACGAAGACAGGGAACUUUUGAAGAGUGAUUCUUACCAUCAUCCAAUCCCACCGCCCAGUCCAAACCAACCAGCUCUUCCGACAACAGAGGGAGGAACAGUCACUGAAGAAGACAUUGCUCGACAUGGUCAGUUAGACAAGGCAACCACAGUAGCAGCAUCCACAAUGGCUGUUACUAUACCAGAGGUAGUAGAAACGGCUGCUGCAACGCCAGUGGGGCAAAAGACACCAAGUACAACCCUGAGGGCUGAAAUCACCACAGUUCAAACUGACCGGAUGACCACUGUGAAUCAUGUACCUACCACAGCUGAUGGUGCCACCAAGGAGACAUCAACUAUAGAAGAGGUCAAGGACCUUUUUAGCACAACAGUAGUAGAGGAGAAAGAGAAGACUGGGUCUACAAGCUUUGACGAGACGACACCUGAAACGACAACACAUGUAUCUACAACUGAAACUCUGAUAUCCCACACGACUGAUUAUACUACAACUGAAGCUAAACCUUAUGACAAUACUACUACAACAGCCCCACCGGAAACAACUGAACUUACGACGGCUGAAAUGUCUGGUCCAACCACCAAUGAUAAUGCAAGGAGUACCUCAGUUUCUGUCACUCAGACAGAGAUGAUAACUACUGGUAUUGAGACUACAGCUCCUAUGGAGACUACAUCAUCAACAUCCCAAGACGCUACAACUCAGACUCGCACAACACUUGGGGAAGAAGGUUACAAGUCUGAUUCAGAGACUACUACUUCAGCUGCACAGACAAUCCAAGAGACUGAAAUUGUCACAGAGAUUGAUUGGAGUGACACCACCACUGUACCAGGCAUCACGACAAGUCAAACACUGUCCCUUUCACAUUUAAAUUCAAGUGAAAGUUUGCAAGAAUCGAGAAAUGAAUCUGAGGCUGAUCCACUACGCAUGACAUCCACUAAUCGGAGUUUAGAUUCCAACGAUACAGCCAUCUCUAAAGGAAAUGAGACUGACACCAAGACCGAGGAGCUAGGUCCACCUCAGGAUGAUGCUGGUUCAUCUCCUGACCAGAAAAUACCAAGUGUCACCGAGAGAACCAAGAAUUCUGAGGAUGGUGAUAAGGAACGAAGGAGGAGGGAAACACCCGGAGGAGACCUCUGUACAGUCAGGAUUCCUUGUCUUUUAGGCACAGGUACAAUAGGUGAUCUUGACGGUGAUGGCAACUUGGAAUACAUCUAUGCAGAGACACUGUUAGGCAAGGUCAUGGACGAAAAGUCCAGUUACAUCAAGGAAAAGAUCAGUUUGGUCAUCAAGCGACUGGUCCUAAACACCGCCAUCAAGAGGGAAGAAUGGUCCAGGGUGGAGCAGGACAAGGGUGAAGUCUACCUGAGCAACAAAGUCAGAACAGAUACAGUCAUCAGAGAAGAGAUAGCUGAGCAUUUUCAGUUCCUACCAGCCGAGAAGCAGAGCUGGACCGGGUAUAUGGGAAAAGGCGCCGACGGAACAUUUAAGAAGAGCGGGAGGUGAGAGCAGUUGAUACAGACCAUCUUUAAAGGGGUGAUACAAUUUUGGUAACCAACUCAUUAUCAAAGCGACACAAUAGAGGUAAAAAAAGACCACUUCUUGAUGGAAGUUGUGUUUCACUAAUGGCCAAGCCCCCCCCCCCAAAAAAAAAAGUUUGUGCAUGCAUGAACUAGUAGGGGAAAUUGUCUAGCUUUUGAUCGAGACGGACCCUUCUUCAGAGGCAUAGAACAAGCACAAAAACAUCCAUUUAUCACAAAAUAAGGAGCAACAAAUUAUGGGAAGGCAUCCAGAAAAGACAUGGGAAAAUCCUUCAGUUUAGGUCAAAUGGAGGUUUCUGAUUGGCGCAGCGCAUACUUUAUCUUCACAAUUUCACUGUUCAUCAUUGAUAUUUCUGAGAUGGUUUCAAUACAUUUCUUAAGUUCUAUUCCAGUCUAAAAUAAUCAGAACUUCAAAAAGCUUGCCUUUAAAAGAAAUGAACAAGCUGGGUUUUUAUUUUAAAGAACAAAGCAACUAUACCCCCCCCCCCAAAAAAAAUAACAAACCACAAUUUUCACAACUUGUGUUUCUCAUGUCAACAUUUAAGGCCAAGUCACACUGCAGCGAUAACGAAAACGAUCACAAUCACGACGCAAAGAGAACGCAUUCUAUUGGUUG